AUGUUAAACUGUUUUAUCUUUUUGCAGUUGAUAGACCUGAUAUUAAUUGCAUUUUAUCACAAUUAAAAAUUAGUUUAUUAUGCAAUUAAGAAUUAAUAGGAGAAUAAGAAUGUGUUAGGGGAUUUCAAAAGUUCAUAAGUUACAAUUAAAGAAUAUUUAAAAUAUUUUUCUGGAAUUUAAAUUAAAUAAAUUUUAUCAUGGUCAACAGAUUUAAGUAUAGGAUUAUUUGAAAGCUAAUAAGGAGUUAUGAAUGUUGAAAGAAUCAAACUUUAAAAAUAAGGAACCAUAUAUUUGCCUAAUAUUGAUUAUUACUGUUGUGAACCAUUGCCUUAAGAAUGGAUGAAUUAAUUUGAAAAAAGAAAAAAAAUUAAUAAUAACACUAGUUUUGCAAUCUCAGAUGUUUCAAAUAUAUUAGAUCAUUCCAGAGUUUAAUAAACAAAAUAACCAUCAAGGAAAGUUGUAAUCUUACAACCACUGCCCAAAAUAAAUUAGAUUAAUCUUCGCUUUUAUAUUCUGAACUUUUGGAAUAUUAAAAAGAGUAUUAUAUAAAUCUAAAUAUUAUAGCACAGAUAAAAUACUUAAUUUUGAUUAUUGACUUACAUUUAGUAAAUUAUUUUUAUGUUUUUUUACUAUAUAUAUUGACAAAUAUAUAAUGCAAUUUCUAAAUAAAUCUUUCAAAAUAAGGAUUAACUAGAAAAAAGUAAAUUUAAAAAAAUAGUGUUAAGAAAUAUAAUUAGUAUUAAUCAAACUUUGUGGAUAAAUCUUGUUAAUUUUUAUCUCAUCUUAAAGCAAAAAUUAAGGUUUAUUCAUUAUAAAUUCUAAUUUAUGGAUUUUAGAUUAGAAUAUAAUAAUUUAUGUUACUUUGA